AGAAUGAAUAUUAUCAGGAUAACAGCUCGGGAGUGACUUACAUAUAAACCUCGGUGUAUUGUGCAGAAAUUACUCAGUAUAUAGAACCAAAAUGAAGAUUUUAAAAUUUUUCAAAGUAAUUGGAAUAGUUCAAUUGUUUACUUUGUAUUACUGUUUUCUUCAAACUUUUGUAACAGGAUUUCCCGCUACAACGAAUUACUCAGAUAAUCAAUCGAACACAAAUGGCGACACAGAAUGCCUCGAAUACAACGAAAAGAAACAGUGUAAGAGAUGUAAUUACAUAAUAAUGGAGGAUACACGAGAGUGUGUCAGGGAUUGCUCCACCCACAUGAAUUUCAUUGAAACUGAUGAUUUCCUCGGUUGGGUGUGUUUCACCUCUGAUGUUUCCCAGGCGAAACUUUCCACACGCCAAGUUACCCUUAUUGCUGGAGCUGUGGUUAGUGGUUUCAUUUUGUUACUACUAGUUACAGCUUUUCUAUGUAGCUAUCGGAAAAGGACUAGGAAACCAGCUAAACCUCCGGUCUUAAACCAACACGAUACGUUAUCGUCCGAAGUUAACGAUAACCAUGGGUUUGAAAACGUCAUUUCCGAAACCAUCACGGACUCUGACUUAGAGAAACGUCUAGCGGCACUACGAGAAAAGGAAUACUUUCUUACCCAGCUUUUAAGGGAAGCUAAAGAAAAUGAGCCAUCCACAACCACGCCUAACUCACCACGAUCAACAUCCCAAGGUUUGAGCCAAAUGCUUGUUAUUCUGCAAGAUAAGGAAGAUUCAAUCAAGGCAGGGCCACGAAGAGAAGUCAUUUGCAAACUAGUCAUAUGGACUGAAAAUCUAUUCAAAUUACGCCAGACUUUAUUAGAAUGAUAGAAACUGUACGAACUGAAAUAAUGAUGCACAAAAAAUACCAGCAAACAAACAUGGAGAAUUUGAACUGUUAUAGGUCAAGGCCAUAAGACUACUUUUAAAACUGCCGAACUUUAGAUUAAACACUUUGUAUCGGCAUCACCGAAGAAA